AUGAAGGCGCCGCUUGUCAGGGCCCUGCGUGCCAAGACGCCAGACCUGCGCAAGGUCGCCAGCACCUGGCUUGACCGAUUUGCCGCGGACCGCCACGCGGCCCUAGCGGAGCUGGUGCAGCUGAUCUUGGUUGUUGCAGAUCUGCCAUCGCAGACCACAGUGGUGAAAGAAGAUCUCCAGGACCGAGAGCCGAACGAGGUGGUCACGGAGCUCACCGCGAGCCUGGCCCUGGAGACCACGGAGCGAGGGGCGGACUUCACACAGCACUGGCUCGUGUCACGUGAGAAGGGUGCGCAGAGGGUUCGCGAGAACUAUCCCAACAUCUGGCGGGAGCUGGUCUUGGCGCCUCCCGUCGAUGCCCUGCUGGGGAAUUUGCUGCAGCUGCUCAGGGCUUGGACACUGGCAUUUGCCGAGUGCCUGCGACCCAGCGAUGUGACCCCAGCGGCCAAUCACCGGUCUCAGUGA